GCCUCUCACUAAUGGCUGUUUUGUGUGGCAGGUCCCUUCUUCUGGACUCCAGGGCCUCCCUCCCAUUGACCCACCAGACAUCACACAGAUCUAUCCUGUCCCUUCUAACAUCCGGCCAGUGCUGAGUAAAUACCGGGUCGAGGUCCUCUUCUGGGGUGUCCGAGAAAUGAAGAAGGUCCAGCUCCUCUCUGUGGACCGGCCACAGGUUCUCAUUGAAUGCGGGGGACGAGGCGUGAAGUCUUGCGUGAUCCAGAGUUACAAGAACAACCCCAACUUCAGCGUGCAGGCAGAGGCCUUUGACGUGGAGCUGCCUGAGAACGAGCUCCUGCACCCACCGUUGAGCAUCUGUGUGGUGGACUGGAGAGCCUUCGGGAGGAGCACCCUCGUGGGCACUUACACCAUCAACUGCUUGAAGCAGUUUCUGUGUAAAUCCAGAGAGACCCUUGCCCUGCCCUCACAGAGGGACGGAGCCUGGGCCAGACCAG